AUGGGCGACCAGCAGGUGGUGGGCGAUUUUCUCAAAGUCACGCCCAAGCGCUAUGCGCCAGCGGCGCCCGCGGAGACGGCGGAAGCGGGAUUUUGGCGCAGCUUCCGGCGGAAAGCGGCGGAGCCGCUGAUCGGCAACGUGACGACCAUCGACUUCUGCCCCUCCGCGCCCUACCACUUCGCCGCUACCAACUCCACCCGCGUGACGGUGUACAGUGGCGUCACCAGGGAACCGCUUAAAACCUUCUCUCGCUUCAAAGGACUUGCGUACAGCGGGCGGUUCAGGGCGGAUGGCAAGCUGCUGGUGGCGGGCGGGGACAGAGGCAUCGUGCAGGUGUUCAACGCCACGACCCGCACAGUGCUGAGACAACUCAACGGCCACACAGAUGCAGUGAGGGCGGUGCGCUUUGCGUUGGACAAGGUGCAUCUCAUGUCGGCCGGCGAUGACUCCGUUCUGCGCUGGUGGGACGUCAGCGCCCAGGAGCCACUGCGCAAGAUGGCGGCGCACACGGACUAUGUGCGCAGCCUGUCCACCAACCCGGCAUCAGCGGACCUGUGGGCGUCGGGGUCGUACGACCACAGUGUGCUCGUGUGGGACGUGCGCGUGCGCGAUCCCGUGCUCAGAUUCCAACAUGCGCAUCCAGUGGAGGACGUGCUCUUCUACCCCAAUGGCACCAUGCUCGCUGUCGCAGCGGGUCCACAGGUGGCAGUAUGGGACAUGCUUAAGGGAGGGGCAUCAACCACACCGCUCCCUUCCUCGCAACAACAAGACAGCGCAGCGCUGACCCCAGCAGCGGCAGCAACAUCGCACUCGCGGCCGCUGUACAUACUGGGCAACCACCAGAAGGCCGUCACGUGCCUGCACGUCACCCCGCCCAUCUCCCUGGGCAACGGCGACCCGCCCUUCCCUGCUCGCAUGCUCACAGGCUCCCUCGAUGGCCACGUGCGCGUGUUCAGCCUCAGUGACUACAAGGUGAAGCACAUGGCACGGUACGAUGGCCCCAUCCUCUCCCUGGGCAUGUCAGCACGCGGCACCACACUAGCGGUGGGCAUGGCAGGCGGGCAGAUGGCCAUCCGCCACCGCACGCCCACCCACAGCGACAGGCGCCACCUGCAGCUCGCAGCAGCGGCGGCAGCGGUGCCGCGCGUGCCGGGCAUGCAGAAGAGCAUGACCAAGAGGGGCAGCAAGGGGCGCAUGCAUGGGCCGCUGCAGACGGCCAACUUCAGAUAUCUCGUUCGCGGCCAGACGGAAGAGGCUGCGGCGGAGGACUACCUAGUGGCGCAGCGCAAGCGAGUGCAUCUGGCGGUGCACGACAACAAGCUGCGGCGCUUCCAGCACUCCGCUGCUCUGCGCGCCGCCAUGCAGGACGCGUCGCUGGAGAAGCCCGAGAUGUUAAUAGCGGUGUUGGAGGAGAUGGUAGCGCGCAACGUGCUGGCCAAUGCCAUUGCCGUGCUGCCAGUCAAGUCGCUCAGCCGCUUCCUGCAGUUCUGCCGAAAGCUGGUACCCAACCCGCGCUACAGCACGUUUCUCAUCCCCAUCCUGCACAUGGUGCUCGACCUUAGAGCGCAGCAUGUCGCGGCCACGCCCACGCUGCAGCAGGGGGUACUUGGAGCGGAGGCGCAUGCGCUGGCAGAGCUGGCGGAGCUGCAGGGCUUUGUGCUGCCGCUGCUGCGCGCCUCCACUGCUGCCAACGCCACCGCCGAGGCAGACGCCAUCGCCGCUGCUGCCGUCCUCGAGGGUGCGGCCGUGGAGGAUGACUUGACUCUCCUCUGA